UUUUUUUUUUUUUUUUUCAUUUGGUUUGAAUUAAAGGUGCGUCUUUUUGAAGGUAGAGUUAAUGGGUAUGUGAAAGUUUUGAUUUUUUGGUGUUUUUGAUUCAUUGGGUUGUUGUAGGUAGAUUUGGUUUUGUGUUUUGUUUGUUUUUGUUUCAUCGUCUUUGUUUGUUAAUAUGUUUCUGUUUGCUCCAUUGUGAUGUGAAUGAAGUUGAAAUGGAAUUGGAAGAACCCUAGAUUGGGAAUCUUGGGUUUAGAAAUCUAGAUGGAGGCUUUUGAUUUUGUUUAUGAGGGUAUUUCUAUUUUGACUAUAUUUGUCAACUUUUAUUGGAUUUGUUUUGGUCUGGUGGUGUUUCAUAAGAUUGUUUGUAAUUUCCUGAUUUGCCCCUGAAUGAAUUUGGUUUGUUAAGUUUGGUUAUAAGGUCUUUGAGAGGUUAAAAUAGUUUGUAUAAUUCAAUACUUGAAAACAUUGUGUAUGUUUGGUUCCAUUGGUGGAGGUAAGGUAAAAUCGAUUUUGACAUGUACUUGCUAAAAAAGUAUAGUGGACAAUUCCUAGUUGUGUAAGUUGUUUGAGGUUUAGGGUUUGUGAUGCGUUGAGAGCUUAUCUAUGUAUGGGUUGUGGAGAGCUCCCGUGUGUGUUUCUGAGGGAAUUUCAUGAUCCCCUCCCUCAUUCAUGAAUUUGAGUAUUUGUAAGAAAUUUCUUGGGCCGGGCUAGUGGUUUUCCUUCAUUCCUUUAACAGAGAUGUGGAAGUGGGGAAGACUGAUUCUUCCUUGAAUUGUGGGUGAGACAGUUUCUCCUCUUACCAAUGUCUUCAGACUGUUAUUGAUGGGCCAAGUUUGAUAGGAGAAAUAGGUCGUGGAUACCAGUUUGGCGGGUGACCCAAGUCCAACUGGGCGAUCAUGCCUAACCGGGUGACCAGGCCAGCUUCAGCGAAGUUUCUUUAUAGGUACAACAGUUCUUGAGAGUUUCCAAGAUUGCCAAUGAAGCUUCAAAUAUAGUGACUUCACUGGUCAGUUACUAAAAGUUCAGAACUUCUUUUUGGCUCAAACAUUUAAUGAAUUCUUCUUCUAUAGAGAAGAUAAAUGUUGGUGUGAUUCAUCAAUCGAGACUCUAGAAAGCGUUUUAUAGGAAAGAAUGGAUCCUAGAAAUGAAUACCAGCCUGGAUCACAGUCAAUAAUGCAGGAUAAUAUGAAUGAAGUUUAUCCGAGUAGAAGACCAUACGACCUUAAUGCAUCAGAAGCUAAACCUGUACAUCAUUUCUCGAUACAGACGGGCGAGGAAUUCGCUCUUGAAUUUAUGAGAGAUAGGUCGAAUCCCGGGAAGCCUGUGUUUACGAAUGUCGGUGAUCCGAAUUAUACCACAGGUUAUAUGGAACUGAAAGGAAUUUUAGGCAUCAGUCACGCAGGAUCUGAAACUGGAUCAGACAUUUCCAUGCUAUCAAUGAUGGAGAAAUAUCCUAAAGAGUUUGAUAGAACGAACACUUCGUUUCUUGGAGACAGAAGCAACUAUGGCUCAAUUCGAUCGAUACCAAGAACUUCGAUGAAUCAGGACAACAGGCAGUUUGUGCAGGGAUAUGGUUCUUCUGAGAGUUACUAUAACUCAUCAACGAUGGUGAAGUUUCUUUGCAGCUUCGGCGGUAGAAUAUUGCCGCGACCAUCUGAUGGAAAUCUAAGGUAUGUAGGAGGCCAUACACGGAUUCUCCGUUUAAGAAAGGACGUAUCUUAUCACGAGCUCAUUCAGAAAGCGUUGCUAAUAUAUAACCAGGUUCAUACAAUUAAGUACCAGCUUCCCGGGGAAGAACUCGAUGCUUUGGUAUCUGUGUCAUCCGACGAGGAUUUGCAGAAUAUGAUGGAAGAAUGUAAUCAUCUAGAAGAUAGAGAAGGAUCACAGAAGCUUAGGAUGUUUUUGUUCUCUAUCAGUGACUUAGAGGAUGCUCAGUUUGGUCUCACCUCGAUGGGCGAUGAUUCUGAAAUCCAGUAUGUUAUUGCUGUUAAUGGCAUGGACUUGGAAUCGAGAAAAAACUCAACUAUGGCCGGUUUCAGCUAUUCUGCAAACGAUGUAAAUGAAUUGGGCGGGCAAAAUAUUGACAGGCAGGGCAGUGCUCCCUUGACGAACAAUUUCGAAUCAUCAUUGCCUACUCAUUUUUCUCAACCAGGGCUACCAGCUUCCUCAAAUUCGUACGAAAUGUAUCCGAUGUUUUACCCCGAUCAAAUGAUGCACCACGGUGAACCGAAUGGUAAUGGUAAUGGUCAUGGUCAUGGUCAUGGUCAUGGUCAUGGUCAUGGUCAAUAUCUUAUGCAUCAUGGCGUUGUUAAUCCUUCUUAUAAACCUUUUAUUGAAGAGAGUCCUAUUAAUAUGAUGCCUUAUAUGCCGAAUAUUCAACAAGGGGUUUUAAAUGAAGGUCACCCACCUAGUGGAUUACAAGUACAAAAUUCAGAAACACUAUCCCCGUCUCCUUCCCAACUGUUUGAUGGUUACUCACAAAAUGAUUUUUCGGAAGCAUCUGCUGUAGUUACUGCACCAGAGGGACAUUCAUUGCCUCCAAGAACGAACCAGCUCCAGGAUUAUGACGAAUCUUCUUCUACUUCCGGUGCUCCUUAUGCUGAUUCCCGGUCCAAUGCAGUUGACUUAAGUUGUCUUCACCCUCCUCCUCUUCCUAAACGAGUCUAUUAUUCAGAAAGAGCUCCAAGGAAGCAAGUGGAAUCGCUGAAUCGGUCUUCAAAGUCGGAUGAUGCGCAGAAUUCUCAGUUUCACGUUUCAGAUUUACUUUCUAGGGUCAACUCACAGGAUUCAGCUAUAGACUCCGGAAACAACUUGCAUGAUGGAAAUCUGUCGAAUCUAGCUGAGGAAUUGAACAUCACAUCGAAGCCUUUGCAUACAGAUGGAAAAGGAACUGAAGAUAUCUUAAAUAAGGACAAUGCUGUUAUGUUGGAAACAGAAAAUAGUUUUAACGAUAACCAUAAAAAAUCUCCGCUUGAAGGUAAAUCAGACAUCUCUGCUCGGUAUCAUGAUCCAGCAUCCAAUCUUCCAGAUGUUGAUUGGGGUGACACCUCUGUGAAAGAAUCAAAUGACGAUUUUAACAAUCAAGCACUACCCGUUCCAUUGAACGCAAACGCAACUGCAAAAGUUGAUUCGCAAGCACAAGGUGACAUUCUCAUUGAUAUCAAUGAUAGAUUCCCUCGCGAGUUGCUUAACGAUAUCUUCUCCAAAGCAAUACUAGAAGAAGAUUCCUCCAGUCAACAUCCAUUAGCUUCAGAUGGAAUCGGUUUAAGCAUAAACAUGGAGAAUCACGAACCUAGAAGUUGGUCAUAUUUUCAAAAAUUAGCGCAGGACGGGAUUGAUAACGAUAACGCAUCUCUUAUUGAUCAGGAUCAUCUUGGUUUUUCACCUGCUAUAGUUGGAGAUAAUAGAGCUCAACAUGUUACACCUUUAACAACUGAUGAAGUUCCUCUAAACCGUGCAGAGUUCCAUCUCAAUUUUGGCGAUGAAAUUCAGAAAGACUUGCAUGGAGAAAACGGAACUGAAACUACUGGUCUGAAAACAAAUUAUGAUCCGUCGCAAAUUAAUGACACUGAAAGUAUGCAAUUCGAUGCUAUGCUGGACAACCUAAGAGCACAAGAGUCACACUAUGAGGUUGAGAAGUUUGAAAAGAAAAAUAACAGUCUACCUCCUCUUGAUCCAUCUUUAGAAGAAUUUGAUAUGAAUACAUUGCAGGUCAUAAUGAAUGAAGAUCUUGAAGAGCUGAAGGAACUAGGUUCUGGUACCUUUGGAACUGUAUAUCAUGGAAAAUGGCGAGGAACAGAUGUUGCCAUUAAGAGAAUAAAGAAAACCUGCUUUACCGGUCGGUCAUCUGAGCAAGAGAGACUGACUGUUGAGUUCUGGCGGGAAGCUGACAUUCUUUCCAAGCUUCAUCAUCCGAACGUGGUGGCAUUUUAUGGCGUGGUGCAGAAUGGACCGGGAGGAACAAUGGCAACUGUUACGGAGUAUAUGGUUGAUGGUUCUCUUAGGCAUGUAUUGCUUCGCAAGGAUAGGCAGCUCGAUCGUCGCAAGAGACUGAUAAUUGCAAUGGAUGCAGCUUUUGGAAUGGAGUAUUUGCAUUCGAAAAACAUUGUGCAUUUCGACUUAAAAUGCGACAAUUUACUUGUAAACUUAAAAGAUCCUUUACGGCCAAUAUGCAAGGUUGGUGAUUUUGGUUUGUCGAAAAUUAAACGAAAUACCUUAGUUUCCGGUGGGGUGCGAGGCACUCUACCUUGGAUGGCACCGGAGCUGCUGAAUGGUAGCAGCAGCAAGGUCUCAGAAAAGGUUGAUGUGUUCUCAUUUGGCAUAGUACUAUGGGAGAUUCUUACGGGCGAGGAGCCAUACGCGAAUAUGCACUAUGGUGCAAUCAUAGGUGGAAUUGUUAACAACACACUAAGACCAACUAUUCCAAAUUAUUGUGAUCUUGAAUGGAGGACCCUGAUGGAGCAAUGCUGGGCACCAAACCCAGCAGCUAGGCCAUCUUUCACAGAAAUAGCGAGUCGUUUGCGUAUUAUGUCAUCGACGGCUAGCCAGGCCAAAUCACCAGGCCACAAGGCAUCCAAAUGAUUGAAACAAAUGCAUGGCUGUGUAGUGUUUGUUUCUAUCUUUUGCCAUUAUUAUAGGCAUGGAUGCUUUCUUUUUUUAAUAUGACAAUUGAUGGUUCAUUGAUUUGUCAUCAUCCAUGGAAGUAUUUGAUGAAUUUUGUAUGUCAAAAGUCCAUGGCUGAUUGAAGUAUUGUUAUACACUAAACUACAUUCACAGAAGUUCAGAAUGAUUUAGCUGUUUAAAUAGUUUUUUUUAGUUU